GCAACUAAAUAAGGGCACAACUCCAUGGCAUAACUUCGGUCAACUAAAAUGACAGUGACAUUAAAAAUAAUUUGUGCGUGCAAAAGGAAAGGAAUGUUUUGAUUUAUCUUUAAAUUGUUAAUACAAGUGUUAUUUAGAAUAACUUUCGAUAAAUAUGAUUUAAGAUCUUAUUUACAUAUUAAGUUAAAAGUUUAAUUCCCUAUAUCUAAUGGCUUAUACAGAAAAGGUUUCCCUUAAUGGGACCGCUCUUUCGUUUCUAUUAUACGAGUGUGUUAAUUCAUCAAACAGUCAAGAAGGCUUCUUGAUCGGAAAUGUAACAUCUGAAAUAACUAACCAUAUAUCAGAUUCUCAAAAUGACAGUGCACGACUGGAUACACAAAUAUUCAUAAGAACGGUAUUGCCGUUACCAUCGGUGGCAUUAUUUUAUUUCCCUACAGGUAAAAUAAAAGAAGAAAUAUUAUCAGAAUUACUCUCAAGUACAGCAAGUGAUAUUGUCGGCUGGUAUAAAUAUAGAAAGAAUAGUAGUAUUAAGCCUACAUUUAGGGAUAAGUUAAUAUCAAGAGGACUGCAGAAAUACUUUGAAAAGUAUCAUGGAAGGAAAAACUUUGUUACAUGCAAUUUAUCAUCAAAAACUUCAUCAUCUGGCUCAACACAUACAUUUAUAUACAGAUUUGGCAAAAUCAAUUGCUUCAAUAUGUAUGAAUAUGUUGAAGAUGUAACAGCUAAUUUGGGUGAGAAAUUAACAGGGUAUAAGAAGGCUCCGAAGGUUUCACCUCACAGCAUAUUCAAUAAAAUUGUCAGUGAAAGUAAUUUACAGAAUAACAACACAAAUAAUGCAAUCCUGCAUAUGCAGGAGGCUGUGGAUAUCAAAAUGAUAAGUGAAGCAAAGCUUGCUGCAAGAAAUGAAAGUGAUAUCAGGGAGUUAGAAGCGGAAAUAAAACAUAUGACUGGUAUAUUAUCUGAUAAACAUAUGUUGGACUUACAAGCUGCAUACAACAAGCAAAUGGAAGCAAAACUAAUAGAUAAGGAGGUAGAGAUGGCUGAAGCUUGCGUUGAUGUUUUAAAAUCACCUCCUAGCAUGGACAUCAUGAGUAUUCCCAAUAUCUUUCUUAAUAGCAAUCUUUCUGAUAGUGAAAGUUCAGUUCAAUUCAUUGAAAAUGAGAGUAAUGAGAUAAGUUUAAGCCCAGUUGUAGUAGCAUCAACUUCAACAAAGCCAUCGCUGAACUAUGCAGCGGCACUCCGAAAGAGUUCUGAUGGACCAUCAACUAGUAAAACCAAUGAACAUGAGGAUUUAAUUUGCUUUGAUGUGGAAGAUAAACAUGUACCCAAACCAAUAUACAUCAGUGACAAUAUCAAAUGUUUGGAUGACAGUUCUCCCGAGUUCUGAUAAGUGCCUUAAAGAUUUUUCUAAUUCCCAAGUUACCAUACAAAAUCGAAAUCCGUUUUCUGUACAUUUUGUUAAUGUUGUUUAACUCUGUUGUUUUAAUAAGUGUUACUUUGUUUUUUAAUCAUUCACCUUCAAUAAUUUGCUUUAACUAAAUCUUUUGAAUUAAAGUUGCAUUUGAUUACAUUAUUAUUAAGAAAAGAAAUAUUUACCUUGUAUCUGGUUUUUUACUGAGAACUAGGAUGUCCAUAAAUGAUUUUCCCGAAGAAAGCAACUAGAAAUUGUUAGACCUUUGUACAACAGUGCAUAUCCAUGCAUUACUUAUUUACCUGCAGUUCUUAGCUUUUUACUUACAUAUUUUUGAUUGUCAAAUUUGUCUGUUGAUGUAUUUUGUUCUUUAUGAAUGUUUUUCCAUCAAAGUAUGGUAUGGAUGCCUUGAAGUGGAGUAAAUAGGCAUUCAACUAACGCAUAUCUUCUACCACCUUAUCACUUCAUACUGGAUUGUGGUCAAGUGCUAAAUUCCUUAUACAGUAGAUAUAUACCUCGGUGACUUAAAAACUUCUAACUUCAAAAAAUAAUAUGUUCCCUUCCCAACAGAAUGCUUAACCUCUACAAUAUAGACCCUUGA